AUGUCAUUUGGCAUUUUAGGUCUCCCAAUUGAAGUUAAAAGGUUCGAUAAAAAAUCAGCGAAGGUGUUCUCUAGUCUUUUGGAAGAAGAAAGUUAUCCCCACUUUGAAUCGCGUGUAAUGUUGGUUGGCGAACAGGGAACCGGGAAGACGACUAUAGCCAGAUAUCUUGUAGGAAAACGUCCUUCUAGAUUCAGGAUUGCAACCAACGGGAUAGAAUUAUUUAAUGGGCUUUCAUAUAUAGAUCGUCAAACAAAGGACUGGCUUUGUGGAAGGCAAGAUUUUUCACUCGAGGAAUUGGCUGUUAGCAGAUCUCUUUUACAAGAAGACAAAAGAGAGAAAAAUGUUGUGUCACAAAUUAAAACGUUUAACAGUCAAUAUAUACCCGAUAUGCGGGUAGACAUGUCUUUAUCGGCCGAUGAAGGAAAACAAAAGCAAAAACCAACUGAACCAUCUUCUUCCGAUACGACUUUCGAUUAUGACUUUGAUAGUGUGUCGUCUACUCAAACAGUUAUUACUGAACAUGUUAAAACAACGUCUCAUCAUCAAUUGAAGAUUGAACCUGUUCAUUCUGGUAUGUGUAGAACAGAUAUGCAACACAUUAACCGUGUUUCGGAAAGGCUGUCCUGUAGAGUUAUUGACGAUAUUCAAAGUUCUGAUUUCCCUAGCAAUCGGAAUCAACCAGAAGUACAUACCUACCGGACAGCUGUUAAAAAAAAGACCGACUCCAUGAAUGAAAGAGAAUUAAUUGAGGCUCAGCAUGACACUGUUUUAGAUGAUACAUGUCUGGAAACACGAUUAAAGGGUGACAUGCACAUACAAACUUUUACUAAACCUGGAGUUAUCAGCAAGCUAAAACAUAUUUUUGGAGUAAGCAAAACAGUCAAAGAAGUGAAAGUCUCAAUCACAAAAGAGAAUUUUUUAAAGAAGUCUAUUAAUGCUGGGAAAAUGCAGUUACAUAACAAAAUGAUAGCUCCUAUUAUUAUCUGGGAUUUUGGUGGACAUGAUGUCUUCUAUUCAACACAUCAAACUUUUUUAACGUACAGAGCUAUUUAUAUAAUUGUUUUGGAUGGAAGUAGAACCCUUGACGAUCCUUGUCAACAUGAACAAUAUGUUCCAGGGAAAAGUGGACCUAAAACAGCAAAAGAUUAUCUAAGAUUCUGGAUCAAUGCGAUUGUCACAUACUGCAAAGGAAGUAUUGAAUGUUAUCCUAAAAUUAUGAUCGUUCUGACUCACAAGGAUCAGGUAAAACAUAAUGAGGUUGAACAGAGAAGAAACAAACUAUUUUCAGAUAUCAAACAGAUGUUUAAACAAACACAAAUCAUGAACCAGUUGGUCAUUGAGGAUAUGAUAUUUGUAAACGCUAAAGACAAAUAUGACACAGAAAUGGCGAAGAUUAAGAGUACUAUCAUCAGAGAAUCGGAGAGACAACCAACAUGGGGAGAACGUCUUCCAAAGUGCUUUAUCCCGUUGGAAUUGGAAUUUAAAUCUUUGAUCAAACACAAAAUUCCGCUGAUUACACUAGGACAUCUAAAGAAAAUAAACUCCCAGCAGCCUAUAAGACCACUGAGCGAUUUAGAGUUAAGGUUAUUUCUGAAAUUUCAACAUUCAAUUGGCAAGGUGCUGUACUUUGAUGAACACAACUUGAACAAUCAUGUAAUUUUGGCUCCCACUCAUCUUAUUAAUGCCUUCAAAUCCAUUAUUACUGAUAGAAAAUUUAGUGAAGGCGACAGAACAAGAGAAGAGUUGUGGGAUGUCAUGAGCAAGACCGGUGUAAUAUCAAAAAAGAUUAUUCGACAAGUUUGGAAGAAAAAGAAAUAUCUGAAAUUCUACAAAGACAAGGAAUAUUUGUUAGAUGUCAUGACCCAUCUUGAUAUUCUGGUAGACCCUAAGAGAUACGACAAUGACCGAAAACGUAUCCCUGCUGACUUCUACUAUAUAGCAAGUAUGGUUCGUACAAAUGAUGACUCUGGAUACCUUCAGUCAGCUAGUUUCACACACAGGAGUAUUACCAUAGCCUUUCAGUCGACAUCAUUGAUGAUACCCCCUGCAUUAUCCUUUAGAUUUAUAAGUUACUGUCUAUAUGUCUGGGCAGUGAAAAAGUAUGGACAGACCAACAAGGACAUGCUAUUUCACAGAUCAGCUUUGUUCACCAUAGAUCCUUCUUUGGAUUUGCACAUUCUCUGCGAAGAUGAACGCAUUAUUGCACGUCUAGUUCAUGCCAGAACGAAUUCAUUAAUAAUGAGGGAUCUUGCUUCCAGCAUAACUGAAUGUUUAAAUUCUGCCUUGGAGAAAAUAAGUCAGUUGUAUAUAAGAGCCAGUAGCGAUCAGCAUUACACCAGUGAUGCAUCCUUUAUAACCAGAAUAUGCUGUAACUCACCAGAUAACCCAUGUGUCCUCCAAGUCAGAGAAGUACCAAACAUUGGCGAAAUUUGGAUAUGUCCUGCUCAUGGAAUUGAACACAAAAUUCACAUAAUCACAUCGUGGUUUUCAAGAAAGAAUGAAGAUAAAUGUGAUGCAGGAUGUCCAGUUACAAACGAAGACUUCUUGAAAGUGACGCCAUCAGAUAUCCACUUACGCCGUAUGUCACUAUUAUACAGUAGGGAUAACGUCAGAGAACUGGCUAUACGUCUAGGGUUGUCAACGACUGCUGUUGAUAAUAUGUUAGACACUGAUGAUCCAAGAAAAUGGAACUUUGAAGUUCUGAGACAAUGCCGGAAUAGUGUCAACAUGACAUUCAACCACAUAAAAGAAGCAAUAGAAGCAAGUGGACAACAUAGUAUCCACAGACUUUGCAAGCUUGUGAAAGGGGGUUCCAUUGAUUUUGAAACGCAGCGGGAGAUGUGGGAUCUGGUUCCUGUAGAUGAACACAUUGAUAGAUUGGCUCCAUUAGUUGGAAAUAACUCUCUCCCGUUCCUGAUUGAACUUGGAAUGGAGUUUCAAACCUGGGAGCAGAUUUGCUACAGGCAAAAUGAAAGAGACUUGGUACGGUUGAACAAAGACAUUUUUGAGGAAUGGAGAAACAAAUUUUGCACGAAACAUAGCCUGAAACCAACAUUGAGGACAAUUGCACAGGCAUUUUCAUACAUCGGCAAAAGUGUACAAAUCGUUGAAAACACAUUGUCAGAUUUGUUGUGACUACAAGUAUAACAAGCUUGUUAUUUUCAUUUUAUUAUCAUUUUAAAUGUUACUGUGUACCUUAUUUCAAUUUUGUUUUAUAUUUAAUAGAUAUAUUCAGAAUUUUGGUUUAACAAAAUGGUUUUGCAUUCAAAGCUGAACUAAUAACAAUGCAAGUAUGUUGGAAAGCAGAAUUUUCUCUUGUUUUUUUUUGUUUAUUUCGUAUUUAAACAUUUUUUGACACACAUAUUUUUAUGUUAAGCAAGU